GCGGUAAAGGAUGUGCGGAAAGACUCUCGGGGCGAGUGACAGAUGUGCCCUGUGCUGUAAUUCCGUGUGUGGUGUUACCAAAGCUAGAGAUCCAGAAAUUCCACUUGAGAUCAAGUUGAGAGACAGACCUUCUUCCUCUUCCAUGAGGAGCAGUUCUUAUCAACAUUGACAGCAACAUUGACCAAACCUGUGUUUAGAAGGCCUGAUGGCGUUGAAGCUAGGUUGCAAAGCUCGAAGGAACUGCUGUGGUCUCCUUUUGCAGGCUGUGAGAAGUCCUCUCUUAUUUCCCUGGGCCCAUUGUUCCUGGAGAGGAGCUGGAAGCCUUUUGGACCCUGAGAUGAGAGCUUUCCUGGAGGAGAACACUGAAGUCACCAGUAGUGGCAGCCUAACCCCUGAAAUCCAGUUGCGGCUUUUGACCCCCAGAUGCAAGUUCUGGAGGGAAAGAGCUGACUUGUGGCCCUACAGUGAUCCUUACUGGGCUAUCUACUGGCCAGGAGGCCAAGCCCUGUCUAGGUAUCUUCUGGAUAAUCCUGAUGUUGUCAGAGGAAAAUCCGUAUUAGAUCUGGGGAGUGGAUGUGGAGCUACAGCUAUUGCUGCUAAGAUGAGUGGGGCAUCAAGGAUCUUGGCCAAUGACAUAGACCCUAUUGCAGGAGUGGCUAUUACACUAAAUUGUGAAUUGAAUCGACUGGAUCCUUUGCCCAUUUUAACCAAAAACAUUUUGGAUUUGCAACAAGAUAAGUGGGACCUUGUUGUUCUUGGAGAUAUGUUUUAUGAUGAAAGUCUUGCAGAUAGUCUCCAUCAGUGGCUGAAGAAUUGCAUCUGGACCUACAGAACUCGAGUACUGAUUGGUGACCCUGGGAGGCCCCAGUUCAGUGGGCACAGCAUUCAGCAUCAGCUGCAGAGAGUGGUGGAAUAUUCACUUCCGGAGUCUACCAGGGAGGAAAACAACGGACUGACAACAAGCACAGUGUGGGAUUUUCAGCCUUGAGUUGGCAAAGUGCUUCAAAGUGUGAAGAUAGUUGUGUCUGUAGUUAUGUUUGGAUUUAACCCCAAAGUUUUCCAUAUAGGAACUAUUCUCCAGUUUAAAGAAUGAAGAAGCUAUAGGCUCGGUGCCUAUAGCUCAGCAGCUAGGGCACUGGCCACA